ACUGCUGACUUGAGCAGAGCCACUUUUCUCAUUCUCUCUCUUACUCAGCUCACACUUCUUGACUGCACAAUAUCAUGCACCUGUGCGUGUAUAUCGUGCUCAUAGCUACACAUCUGGGGUCUGAAGCUGUGGUUAGUGUUUUUUCUGGGAGUCUGGAGAAGACAUCGCCCCCUGAGAGCUGCUCCCAGGUGAAGCUGAAAACUGCUGGCCAGUGCGAAAAUGAAGAGGAGUGCCCCUACCAGAUCACCUUCCCUACUCUCACCAUCCAGCUGCCCAAGCAGUUUCAGCUACUGAAGAAGGCCAUGACAGAGCUACAGCACAUGAAGGAGACAGUGAAGCAACUGAAGAGUGCCUGCAUGAGCUGCAGUUUUCAAAGUGACAGUGUACAGACACAACAGAGAAGAGAUGGCGGGACUACACCACUUAGAAACGAGAGUUCAAUCAAUGACAUCCAAGAGAUGCAAGUGAAGAUUACCAAGAUGUCCAUUAAACUGAAGAAUGCUUACACACAGAUUAAAGACCUACAGGGACAGAUGGAGCAGCUCAAACACAUUAACAUAGAGAAAGUUAAUGAAAUGGUGGACAAAAGGGUAGACAACAUCAGUGAAAUAAUCACCAAGUUGAACAGCAGCUGCUCAAACGCAUGUCCUCAGGUAAGAGGACCAUUAGGUAUCAUAGCUCUAGCACCUAGAGACUGUUCAGACUACAGUUCCAUGAAGCAGAUGAAGAGUGGAGUCUAUAAGAUUACGCCUGAUCCGAAAAAUGGGACCUUUGAUGUUUUCUGUGAAAUGGAGUCCAAUGGUGGUGGGUGGACUGUUGUGCAGCACCGAAUCAAUGGCAGUGUGGAUUUCAACCGCACCUGGGCUGACUAUAAGAAUGGGUUUGGGAACCCGCAUGGGGAGUUUUGGCUUGGAAAUGACCGUAUACAUCUGCUCACCAGGACCAGAGACAUGGUACUGCGAAUUGAGCUUGAGGACUUCCAGGGUGUGCGUGAGUAUGCGAAGUACAACCAUUUUUACGUAUCAAAUGAAUUCCUUAAAUACCGUCUGGCCAUAAGUGAAUACUCAGGGACUGCUGGUAAUGCCCUGCAUAUUGACAAGGACUACAACCACGAUCAGAUGUUUUUUACUACAUGGGACAGGGACAAUGAUUUGUACCCGUCAGGAAAUUGUGGUGCUUAUUAUGGUGCAGGCUGGUGGUUCAACACUUGUAUGUCAGCUAACCUCAAUGGAAAAUACUACAACAAGAAGUAUACAGGGAAGCGAGAUGGCAUCUUCUGGAGCACAUGGCCCAAUAAGCCCAGUGACUUCUAUCUGACCAGCACCAGGCAAACUUUUAAAACUGUCAGAAUGAUGAUAAGGCCAAAAAACUACGCCCCAUGAGUUAAUAAAUGCAUUAUUACCAAAAGAAUAUUAUGAUAGUGAACCAUUUUAUGUUUAAACUACAUAUGGUCUGUGACAAUUAAAACAAAGUGAUAUGAACAGAACAAUGUGCAUGUUUUAAAAAUCCAAUUUCAUGUAAGUAUUCCUUCAUCUGUCUAAUACUGCCACCUAGGUGUUGUGCAGUGUGGGUCUAAAAGCACUUUUUGUAUCACUGUAAGUAAAAUUCCAAACAGCACUGAUUGUUUUGACUGAUAAAUAUUGUAUUACAUAGUAUCACUUAAGUACUAAAAAUAAACCUUUGUAACAUUAAUUAGUAACAAUAAAAAUAGUGACAUAUUUUUAUUUUAUAUUUGCAAAGUAAGAUUUUUAAUUUGAAAAAAAACUGUAACGCUUAUUUUUUUGUGUAUAUAUUUUAACUUUGUCGAUUUGUUACUAUUAACGCAUAUCCCAAGAUAAAUUCAAAUAAAAGCUUUUAUUAAA